CCAUGUUUAGCCGCUUUGUUGUAGAUCCAUCGUAGUGGGCUUCCUGCAGAUUUUAGCUCAAGUGUUGCAAUGGAAACAAGCUGGAGUACGUUUUUAUUUCAACAGGCCAAUGAGGCUUUGCAUCAGCAGCAUCAAAUAGCUGGGAACAGUCUCCUGCCUCUGCUGAAUUCUGCGAACGAGCCCCCCGACCAGAAGCCGGUGCUACCCAUCCCCUUGGACCAGAAGCCACCGGCCAGCGCCACGGGACACCUCAAAGACAAUUCGGCGGGAGGAGGUACUUUAGUAGCCGUGAAAAAGGAGCCCAAGUGCAAGACGCCCUUCAUCUGUGGCUACUGCAGCAAAGCCUUCCGAGACAGCUACCACCUGCGGCGGCACGAGUCCUGUCACACCGGCAUCAAGAUGGUGUCGCGGCCCAAGAAGGCCCAGAUGGCGCCCACCAUGGUGCCGCUCAUAUCCACCGUGACGCGCGAGAGCAACGGGAACGCCUCCUACGUCACGACGGUGGCCGGGUUGCUGACGACGGCCACCACGUCUACGGCGGCGAGCCCCGGCGUCAUGUCCCAGGUGCAGCACCAGCACCAACACCAACACCAGCAUCAACACCAGCAUCAACACCAACACCAGCAUCAGCAACAGCCGAGCGCCCCAAAGAAGCCCCCCAAGCCCGUGAAGAAGAACCACGGCUGCGACAUGUGCGGCAAGGCCUUCCGGGACGUCUACCACCUCAACCGCCACAAACUGUCCCACUCCGACGAGAAGCCCUUCGAGUGUCCCAUCUGCCACCAGCGCUUCAAGAGGAAGGACCGCAUGACGUACCACGUCCGCUCGCACGACGGGGGCGUUCACAAGCCUUACAUCUGCUCCGUGUGCGGGAAGGGUUUCUCCAGGCCCGAUCACCUCAGCUGUCACGUCAAGCACGUCCAUUCCUCCGAGAGGCCGUUCAAGUGCCAAGUAACGGCCUGCACCUCUGCCUUUGCCACCAAAGACCGCCUGCGCUCCCACAUGAUCCGGCACGAGGGAAAAGUAACCUGCAACAUUUGCGGCAAAAUGCUGAGCGCCGCCUACAUCACGAGUCACCUUAAGACGCACGGCCAGACCAGCUUCAGUAACCCCUGUAACAACAAAGGUGAGUUGACGGUAGGAGAGAUUUUAAAUAACUCCUUCCAAGUCCUAAUUGACAACUCUCACAAAGACGGCAAUAACGCUCACAACAGCUCUUCCACAGCGACGUCCGCCUCCAACUCCUCCGCCAUCCACUCGGCCAUGAGCCACGGCGCCAACGCCAGCAACGCCGUCACCAUCACCGCCCAGAUGAACAUUUCCACCAGCACCGUCAACAUCACCUCGCCCGUCAACAUGCAGCACCCCGUCACCAUCACCGGCCCCGUCAACCUGGCCUCCGUCAGCAUCCCCACGUCGGCCCACAUGAACCUCGCCCACCCGGUCGCCAUCAGCACGCCCAUGACCAUGAACAUCACGGGGCCGCUCAACAUCGCCAUGCGGCCCAUGGAUAGCAUGCCUUUUCUAACCCAGGCCUUGCCAUCUUCCCCUCCUUGGUAG